CUGAGACACGGAGAAGAGUUUGGGGCACAUGCAUUUGUUGUCGAGACCAGUAAGGGCAGGACGACACGGCAUAUUGCUUAUAUGGAUGUAUGACAUGAAGGAUCUGCACAUGGACAUCAGUGGAGUUUUACACGUGUUGGAUUAAUAUGACCACGUCGCCGCAUUGCCACCAGGCUCUCUUUCAAUUUGGGAAUAUUUAACAUACGAGACAAGGACCUUUCCUAUGCAGCCGACAAUCAUGCUUUACAAAAUCCUUGCUUUAAUUCUCUUACAAGGUGUCUUGAGAUGUGAUGCUUGGGUCAUAUCAGAGGUCAGCCCCGGAGGUGUCUCGGGCCCCAGCACGGAGUUGAACUCCGGCGGAGUCGCGGCUCUAAAGAAGCCUGACGCGACGGAACCGAAGUCCAGAUCCAAGCGCUGCACCUGCUAUUCCUACAAGGAUAAAGAGUGCAUCUAUUACUGCCAUUUGGACAUCAUCUGGAUCAAUACACCCGAACGCACGGUACCCUAUGGAAUGUCGAGUUACCAAGGAGCCCAGCGAAUCCGACGUGCUGUUGCUGGACGACUGAGUGAGCAGGAGAAGAGAGACACUCAGCGCUGCAUGUGUGCUUCUCUUGAUGCAGACCCAGACUGCCAUCAGUUUUGUCAGCCGAGUUCCCUGCAGACUGGGCCAAAACCAAGUCUUCACAGAGUCCCAGUGCCUGGCUGACAGUUCGAUGCCUCUGCAUCUCCAGCUGUUUUCUUCAAGGAGUGGAUCCUUCCUUCGUCUUCAGCCCCAUCAUUCUCUGUUUGGCACUCUUGCUUCCACAGGUACACUCCCGUUCAAGGAAGGAACUUUGCAGAUUGACACUGCCGACAUUCCUGAGCAUCAUAAUUCUGGGAGCAAGUUCCAUCAAGCCGAGUAGUUUUAAGAACACUUCAGCAAAUUUGAUACAGAUCUCUGAAGGUUAUUCUCUUUUUUGUUCUCUCCUGAGCAGCAUAAGGAUUUCUUUCACCUUGAAAAUAUCUUGUGACCUUACGCCAUGCUUGAUCCGACUCCCUCUUUGUACUCAUAAAUGCUAAGCUAUUGUGGACUAGAGUUGAGUUUUUUUUUUUUUUCAAAACAAUGAGGUGAGCUGUAUUAUGUUCAGUCAGCGAUGGACGACACUGAUGAAAGUUCUGAAGCAAGGCACAAAUUCAGAACACAUAAUAAAGAAUAAUAAUAAUUUGAUAAUGAGGCACUCUAUCGCUGUGUUUUCUGAUAUUACCUUUAUUGACAAAAUGAAUUACUCGUUUUGUACAUCAUUUUUACAGAAAUAAUAUAAAAGUAUAUGAAUAAUAUUAUGUAAAAUGUGCUCUGUUCUGCUCUGUAACACUAACCCUAAACCGAGAUAAAUGUGAUUUUAUUUUACCUGUGUACAUAUUAUAACUAAGCUUUAUUCGGAGCUCCAAUUCGGCCAGGAAGAAAUAAGCACCAUCUAAAAAAAACACUCACAAGAACACUAAAAGAGGCCUUUCCCCUUUCCAAAAUUUUGUAUGAUUCUUAUAUACUGCAUAUAUAGUUUAAUUAGAAAUGGUAAAUUAGAAUGGGAUUGACUUCCAUCGAUGGGAAAGUGACAACAUACUGAGAUAUCAAGUUGAAGUUUCAGGGUGGAGUUUUCGAUACUGAGAAAAACAUGGAAUAACACCAGUGAGAGCUUGUAUGUGCAAUGUGUGUUGAUUUACUGGAGGGCAUUAUUAAUAAUUCCUAACACCUCAGUCGAGAUGGAAUCUUACUCUGAGGAUAGUGAAAAAAUGUGUUGCCCAAGGCUUCAACAGACUGUGGUUCUCUAGACUUUUUAAAUUAUGAGUAUUGAGCUUAUUCAAGGGAAGUAAAAAACUAACAUACAGUGAAAAGCCAAGUGACUUGCCUCUUGCCCCAGAGCCUAAAGGAAAAGCCUUUCUUGCCUCAGGGGCAAGAAUUCCUCUUUCACUGACCAAUAAUUAAAUGCUUCCUCUACUGUGCCUUACUACUAUGUCUCCCUUGUUCACUUUUCUAAAUAGCUCCUUGACAAAUACAAAGCAAACAAUAUUUGCUUAUUUAUUUUUGACAUUCUUUAGUGCAGACAAUUCUUUAUAUAUCUAUAUUAGUCAUGGUUACGAUAAUGUCUUCGUAAUGUAGUCUACUGGACAGAGGAAAGGAGCACGACGUCAAUUUUUAGUGGGUCCUGACACUCAUACUGGGGUUACAGUGUUGUGUAUUUAUGAUAAUUUACAAAUAUCUUGAAACACUUCCCCCCCACUUCCAUCCUAACAUUUGGGAAAGCAUUCAGUGUAAUGCAAAAAUAAAAUAGAGGAAAUAAACUAGUUGCUGACUGUUGCUUUUUUGUGUGUCCCUCAACUUGGAUCAGAAAGCAGACCUAAACACAUUCAAAUUCAUCUUAAGUGGCAACACUCAAAAGAAAAACAAAUCUACAGUGUGAAUGAGAAAGUGGAACUAUUACCGGUACUCAAAGUUGUAAAUUGAUGGGAAAAAAGCAGUAUUAUCAAAAACCUAGAUGACCCCCUCAAUUUGAUCUCCCUCAUAAGUCACUCCACAAUUUAAAGUUUAUUUUUAACUCAGUCACUCCUUUUUAUCACCAGAAUCACCUCCAUCCACCAAAUUCACCUGCAGUAACUCCGCUGGCUCCAUCCACAAUCCCACAUCAAAUUUAAAACACCAAAGUCAUCUUGAUUUGUAUGGUCAUCAAAAACUUUGCCCUGUCAAAUCUCUCUAACCUCCUCCAUACUGCCAAAUCCUCUCACACUUUAUAUCCUCUUCCUCCCUUCUCCACGCUCCACCCUCAGGAAAAGAGCUGUGAUCCACCCUGCCACCAGCCUUUGAAACUCAUUAAGACCUUACCUGAUCUCCCCAAUCCCGAUGCAUUUACUCUUUUCAUGUCCAGGCACAAAACACACAUUUUACAAACAUCUAACUCCGUUUAACCUCAUCCAUUUAUUGUAGCUCAUCCUUGUUGCCUUCCCCUUGUUCAUUGAUCAUUUCAAUUGACCUUCUAUUUUUCAUAAUUAUUUGUUGUAGUGCUUUUCUUUCUCCCUUGCUUAUUGUUUGUAUUUUAUGUUUUGUAUGGUAUCCUCAUGUGCCCAAGGCACCUAUGAAUAAAAUU